UAUUUUGCUGUCUUUUUUUUUUCGUAGGAGAGCGAGGCGCUAAACAAAUUAAAAUUGAAUUUUUUUAUUGCACUCAUCAACAAAAAAAGGAUGACAAUAGCAACUCUAAAGUAAACAAACAAAAACUACACAUAAUGUGUGUGUUGCUUCAGAUAUAUAGAAAACAUGGCGUUUUUAUCACAUAAAUAUACAGGCAGUUGUUCUGGUUUUAGUUUACCUAUAUUUAAGAACCCAUUGCAUUUAACAAAAUCAUUUGACAUUCUCUAUGCAAUGUGGAAACAAAAUUUACUUUGUGAUGUCACCAUAUGUGUUGGAAACAAAUCUAUCGAAGCUCAUAGGGCAAUACUUGCCUCUUCCAGUCCUUACUUUUAUGCUAUGUUCACAGGAGAGAUGUCAGAAAGUAAACAGAACUGCAUAGUUUUAAAAGAAGUUGAUGCAUAUGCUUUAGAGCUGCUUAUAGGUUAUUGCUAUUCAGGAGAGGUGCAAGUUACUGAAGAAAAUGUUCAAGCACUUCUACCUGCUGCUAGUUUGUUACAACUGACCGAUGUUCUUGCUGCAUGUUGUGACUUUUUAAAAGCCAAGUUACAUCCAACGAAUUGUCUUGGUGUAAUGCGUUUUGCAGAUGUUCACAAUUGUAAAGAACUUGUUAGUGCAGCUCAUUUAUAUACUGAACAGUUUUUUUCUGAAGUUGCGACUAGUGAAGAAUUUUUACAGUUAGAAAACCAUCAAUUAAUAGAUUUUAUAUCAAGUGAUCGUCUUAAAGUUUCUUCAGAAGAAAAUGUCUUUGAAUCAGUUAUUGCUUGGAUAAGUUAUAAUCCUUCACAGAGGGAUCAGUUUUUACCGGAUCUCAUGCAGCAUGUAAGAUUACCUUUAUUAGCACGAGACUAUUUGGUUGACAGAGUUGCUGCAGAGCCUCUGAUUAAAAAAAGUUUUGCUUGUAAAGAUUUUCUUAUAGAGGCAAUGAAGUAUCAUUUACUACCAAGGCCACAAAGAUUAUUUUUGCAAACACCAAGGACACGAAGUCGAAUACCUGGAAUACCUAAAAUUUUGUAUGUUGUUGGAGGUCAAGCACCCAAAGCAAUUCCCAGUGUUGAGUGUUAUGACUUGCAGUUAGAACGAUGGUACAGUGCUGCUGAUAUGAACUCUCGUCGGUGUCGUGCAGGUGUUGCUGUUUUAAAUGGUGUUAUUUAUGCUGCUGGUGGUUUUAAUGGGGCACUACGCGUUCGUUCAGUAGAUUCUUAUAAUCCUCAAAAGGAUGAAUGGUGUUCGGUUGCUUCAAUGGAGGCACGUAGAAGUACUCUUGGAGUUGCAGUAUUGAAUGGACUUUUAUAUGCAGUGGGAGGAUUUGAUGGAACAACAGGCCUAUGCAGUUGUGAGGUGUAUGAUCCAAUAACAAAUGAGUGGCGUUUACUAGCUAACAUGGGAGUUCGUCGUAGCUCUGUAGGUGUUGGUGUUUUAAAUGGUCACAUUUACGCAGUUGGGGGUUACGAUGGAGCUUCACGUCAGUGUCUUUCUUCUGUUGAAAAAUACGACCCAGUGAAAAAUGAAUGGCAAUUUGUACCUGAUAUGACUGUUCGAAGAAGCGGUCCUGGAGUAUGUGUUUUAGGCGGGUUUUUGUAUGCUGUUGGCGGGCAUGAUGGUCCUCACGUUCGCAAGUCAGUUGAGUAUUAUAAUCCAGAUGCUCAAAAAUGGGUCACUGUAUCUGACAUGUCGUUGGCAAGACGUAACGCUGGUGUUGCUGCAGUUGACGGUUUUUUGUAUGUUGUUGGGGGCGAUGAUGGUACGAUAAAUCUAUCUUCAAUAGAAAUGUAUUGCUCUGAAACUGACCAGUGGUCACUUCUCCCUUCCCAGAUGAGCGUGGGUAGAAGCUACGCUGGAGUUGUUAUUAUUGAUAAAUCUCUUCAUUUUAUGUGAUUUUAUGUUGGUAAUCACCUGAUUUUCUAUACCUAAUUGUAUCAAGGAAGAAAAGUGUUGAUUAUGAUUUAUAUUAUCAUAAUAUGACGGUGUAUAUCAAAUGCGAAAGUCACUAAAAAACGGUUUUGAGAAAAAUUCUUUUGAUCAGUCAUUUCAAAUGCUUAUUUUAAAGAGUUUGAGCAAAGUAGAUUUUCUAAAAACAUUUAUUUUGUGACUAAAGUACUUUUGCACCGAGCCCUUAAAAUUUAUUUUCAAAUGUAUUGAAAGUAUUUUUUGAAAAAUAAAGGUUGAUGGUGAAUAUCUAAAAAAUUUGAGUAAAUUUUUUGAAAAUAUAAAACGCAAUAUAUAUAAAGAAAAGAUUGUGGAAACAGAAACAUAAAAUAACAACUCAUUUAGAAGAACCUGUCAUGAUCUUUAUCGAAGUUAUUGAAAAAAUAAUUUUUUCUACUACUAAUUUUUUAAUACUGUUUUUUAAUUUAUGCUUCAUGUAAGCUGUUAAAAAAAAAAAUAUUUUAGUUUA